AUGCUCUGGGGCCCGCUCUGGGGUGGAUUCGCUGCUCUGAAGGUGGUGCUUGCGAACGCCUCCGACGAAUGCCGCUGGGAGGUGGGCACGCCGAAGGUAGCCUUGAUCACUGGCGUGACAAGCUGCAAGCUUCGCCAUGGAGGCUUCGCCGCCGCGGGCUGUGGUGGAGGCUGCCGUGAAGGCGGCCUUGGCCCAGAGAGUGGCAACACAUGGUACUUCUCCUCAUCUUUGACAAUCAGCAGAUGCAGAUGCAGAAAACUCUUCUCGAGUCUGAGCGAUGGUGGACGCCGCCACCUGCGCGGCAGAGGAUCGCUUGAAUAG